AGUAUUGACUUCUUUUUUAACGGUUUAAUGUACGAAGGUAAGGUACGCGAAACUUUAACUCUCGACAGUGCUCGACAGUGCUCAGCAGUUAGCAAAAUGGCGUUCCCGUGGGUGGUGAUUUCAUUCGCUUUUUCUUUGCUAUUAACGCCAUUCCUUAUGUUUUUACUUGCUAUUAUAUUUCUGGCAUCCAUUGGUAAAUCACUCGGUGUUCGCAGAUUAUACGUAAAACUAUUAUUAGCACUUUUUGAGUAUGGUAGGCAGAAUAUAGAAAAAGAAAGAAAUAAAAAUAAUAUCUUAGAAGAAGAGGAGGAGCAUGAAUCUAUUGCGAGGAAUACACAGCAAAAAUUAAACAAACAUUCCAUGGACAAGGAAUUUCAAAUACAAAAUGGAAUUAUGAGUAAUAAUCAAGUCAUAGCUAGAUCAACAGAUUUGAUUCUAUUACCUGAGCCAGAGAUGCAAAAUAAUAAGAAUCAUAUAGAUGAACAUACAAAUGAGAAAAUUGAGGAAAUUUCAAAGGAUAUAGAUAGCAAUAAGGAGAAUACUCUUAUACGACGUAAUUCUUUUGAAACGCUCAAAAAAGGAUUUGAACCAGCUGUUUGCUUAGAUUACAUCAGAGCUGGAGUAGAGGCCAUUAUUGAAGAUGAAGUAACUUCACGUUUUGAAGCAGAAGAACUAAAGAAUUGGAAUCUUCUCACACGAACAAAUAGGCAUUAUGAAUUUAUAUCUUGGAAAUUAACAGUAAUAUGGAUGUUUGGAUUUUUUAUGCGAUAUUGUUUUCUUCUACCUUUGAGAAUAUUCAUCUGUUGCAUAGGAUUGACUACUAGAGAUUCUAUUUGUAGUAUCUACACAGCAACUAUUCAGAGGGAUUCGUCGUUUCUCAGGUGCAAAGCUUGUGGUUUACAGGUGAUGUGGCUGACAAUGUGCACAGCAGUAGUGGGCUACAUUCCAGAGGGUAGCUUCAAACGAUGGCUGAACUACAAAGUCUCCAUAAUGUGCUUUGCUGUAUUAUCCAGUGCUUUGUCUUCAGUCAUUACUUACCAUCAUCCAGAAAAUCGACCAGUCAGAGGCAUAUGUGUAGCUAAUCACACAUCUCCUAUUGAUGUACUUAUACUUAUGUGUGAUAAUUGUUAUUCUUUGAUAGGUCAGAGGCAUGGUGGAUUCUUGGGGAUUUUACAAAGAGCACUUGCUCGUGCUUCUCCACAUAUAUGGUUUGAACGUUCUGAAGUUAAAGAUAGAGAAGCAGUUGCAAGAAGAUUAAAAGAACACGUAUCAGAUCCCACAAAUCCACCGAUAUUGAUUUUUCCUGAAGGAACUUGUAUCAAUAAUACGUCUGUUAUGCAAUUUAAAAAGGGUAGUUUUGAAGUAGGUGGUGUCAUCUACCCUGUUGCAAUUAAGUACGAUCCACGAUUUGGUGACGCAUUUUGGAAUAGUAGCCGUUACUCAAUGUUACAGUAUUUGUAUAUGAUGAUGUCUAGUUGGGCUAUAGUUUGUGAAGUUUGGUAUUUACCUCCAAUGUAUAGAAACGAAGGAGAGAGUGCCAUUGAUUUUGCAAAUAGAGUAAAAUCAGUUAUAGCAAGACAAGGCGGACUUGUUGAUUUACAAUGGGACGGUCAACUUAAAAGAAUGAAACCAAAGAAAGAAUGGAGGGAGAAACAACAAGAAGAAUUCAGUAAACGCCUUAAAGUUGAAUAAACAUACAUUCCUUCUAGUCACAUCAUUUUUUGCAUAGCACGUGAUACUUCAUUGAAUCAGAUAUUUUUUGUCUGCAUUGUUGUUUCACCUAUUUGUGUCAUCUUUAUAAAUAUUUAUAACAUUGUGCGCGUAAUUAACGUUGUAAUCCAA